UCAAGCAUGGUACAAAGUGACCUGUUGAAGAGGAGUGCCAGACGACAGUAUCGAAUCCCAAAGGCCAAUAAUCGCGUUCCACUGAGCUGUGGUGCCAAGGCCGAGCAGGUGUCAAGGUUCCACCAGGAAGGAAGGAAUUAUCAGGAGAAGCACCAAGCCAUUAUAACUAUAGGGUUCCACCAGGAGUCCCAUAGAAAACGUGGACCUUUGCUCCAUAGCAUUAUAAGCGAUGUCGGGCGCCAUCAUCACAACAUCCAUCACUGCAAAGUGCUCAUUACAUCUUUAUUUUAUUUAUUUAUUUAUAUACACAUACACAAGACGGCACACUGAAGUGUGUUAAGUGACGCAUCUGCCAACAUUACCACUCCUGCAGUCAAUCGGCUGGAGGGCCUCGACUGCUCGGACUUGAGUGUAUUACCUCGGGAAGAGAGAAAACUCUCAGCACACUUCACGAAUGACUUGGAAGUUCAGGCUAAUACCCAUAUGUAAUGGAGACCUCAGGCAGGGAAGGGAAGUCGAUUUGUUAUAUGAGUCUGGCGGAGGCUUUCCUGACGCGGCUGCGGCAGGACGCUGAGCACAGGACCCGGACCAGGAUCCUAAAGGGCGUGGGCGUUCAUGUCCUCCCAGUCACCAUGGACAGACAAGACUUUAUAUACGACUACUUAACAAAGCUCUAUGAUCAAAAGAAGGGUACUUUUAGUAAGCCAAAGAUUUUCGCUAAACAAACUAUUUAUGAGUGUGAAAGGAGUAAUGCUUGUAAAGGAAGAUCAUCUGGCGAUCCGACAAAGACACGAGCUAAUGGUUGCAAUGCUUAUGUGUCUUUUAUGUUUGAAGAAGGAGCAACCGUGACAGCUUGUGUUAUCCGCUUCAGGCUCAUACAUAAUGGUCAUGAUCCCACCAACAGAGAGGAAUCCAGGGUCAGCAGGAUUGAUCUCACAUUGAAGGUUAUGAUUGAAAUAAAUAUAAAUAAUGGUAUGAAAAUUAGUGACAUCAUGAAUGAAAUUGCUAAAUGGAACAAAAUACAUAAAAAUACAGAUCACCGGAACCGUAGAUAUUUUCCGACACGACAAGACAUUCAACAAUUAGCUUUGUCACUAAAGAAACCUCUAACAAUUACACGCAAUAUAACCUUCGACACUAAGAAACCCAGGAAAUAUGAUACCGUCAACAAGGAUAACAUUUCAAGAUUGAUAAGAACAGAACUUAGAGAGACCUGUGUUUAUUAUCAGUCUCAGACCAUUACUGGUGCUAAUCCACGCCCGCUGAUUAUUGUUCUCCAAAACAAUGACAUGAGAGAAAAUUUUAUUCACCAUGGCCAGCAUAUGGUAUUUAUAGAAAAGAAUUAUGAAGGUCUCAGGCAGUACGGAAAUGCUGUGUACGUCAUAGUGGUGAGGGAUGAUAGUGGAAAUGGUUUCCCCGUUGCUUAUAUUAUUACUAGCGAUGAUGAUGGCCUGACAUUUGUCCAGGCCUUACAAAAACUAACCACCAGGUGCCAAAUUAAGCCAAGGGUGUUCUUCUUAGAUCGAGAGAUACACACACUCUCAACAACGAUGGCUGGGAUUUAUCCUGAAAGUAAUUUUUUCAUAUGCUGGUAUCAUGUGGCUCAGGAUGUUCACAGGUGGCUUCAGAAUUCAGUGGUAUCUGGAAAGGAGCACGCAGAGGUGCGCAGAGUUCUUGUCCACUACAUUCUCCAGCUAAAAGGAUACACCAUGGAAGAUGACUUCAUGCUGGCUGCAAGUGAAAUGCAACAAAGAAUAGAUUUUGAAGCAUUUACAACAAUGUUCCAAGCUGAAUGGAUUACAUGUGCAACUAAAUGGAGUGAUUUUGGAAGAAGUUCUUUUUAUGGAAGCAGUGAUGCUAUUGCUGCCACAGAAAGGUUUUUCUUAAGAAUACAUCAUCGAUAUUUGAAAGGCUUGCAUACCAGGAAAUCUCUAGAGAAGCUUUUAAGACUCAUAACACAUAAUGUCAUGGAAUAUAGAAAUUUUGUUGAUGGAAUGGUGAAUAUGUCACUGCUGAUGGAAGGAACAGCAAGUGAACAAGCAGGGUUACUACUCAACCAAGGGUGGUCUCAAUUAGUUACGUGGCAAGGCAAGUGGAUUGCUCUUGUCCCAUGUCAGGAUUUGUUGGAGACAACUUAUCGGGUCAAUCUAAUUACAAUGGAGUGCGAGUGUCCUACUGUAACAUUUAUGGGACCCUGUUUACACUUAUGUUUGGCCACUGCUUUGGCUCAGUUAAGAGAUGGGCCAUCUCCUGAACAAGAACGUCACAGGCUUGCCUUAGAGGCAUAUGAAAAUUCUGAUUACGUCAUAGAUUGUGUAUCAUGUGUUACAUUCCAUAAUGGAAUAAUUUGUGUUACAAAGCUAAAAACCUGCAAGUGCACAUGUAUAGCUAGUGCAUUUGACAUUGAGUGUGUUGGAAUAAUUCUACUGAAAAUUACAGAAAGUGCAGAAGCAGCCGUUUCCUAUACCGUACCUGAUCCCAGCAAUUCAGCAAGGUUAUCACCCACUCUUAGUACCUCAACAAAAAAUAUUAAUAAUAGUGUAAUAUCAAUUAAAUCCAAAGAAGUUCCAGCCUUUACCAUUACAAUGGCAUCACAAACUGAAAGAAAUAAUUCAUCAGAAGACUCUUUUCAUGUAAUUCAAGAGCCAAUUAUCAUUCAAACUCAUACUGGAGUAGGAAAGAAAUCAAACACUUUGCCUCAAGUAAUGGCAUGUGGAAGCUCAGAAGCAGCAUCAAAUAAUCUUUCCUCUAUCAACAUUAUUAAAAAGGAAAGGGAUGACGAGUCAUUUGGGUUCAGCAAUUCUUCUCAAGCUAUCAUCGAAAAACUAUAUCAGUGGUCUAAAUCAAAAGACUUUGCAGAUUCUGUAGUUCUAAAUGACAUGCUAAAAGAAACUCACAAUUUAAUAUGGGGGAAGCAGAAAUCCUUACUUCCUAAACAACCAGAGCUAAAAGGCAGACAAAUUAAGGAAUUAGGAAACAAAAAACUAAGAGCAGUCAUUCGAGCUGUUAAAAGGCAAAGACCCAUUAAAGAGGAAGAGGACUUUGAGCCAACAUCUGCCAUGAUGCCAUCCACAAAAGUGAGCAGAAGUGGCAGAACAAUAAAAAUAAAAGAAGAACCUGAUUUUAUCAUGUAAAAGUGUACUGUAUUUUUUUAAAUAAAAAUAUUAAAAUUUUGA